AUGAGUAGGCUAUCUUUUCGACCUCGACCAUUGGAUAUACAUAAGAAGCUUCCAAUUUUAAAGUCCUUUAAAGACUUUGAAGAUGAAGAGAAUCCUUCUUCCAUCGCCAGAAAUUCUCAGUUGCUGCGUAUAACUAACAUAGAGGUUGAUAAUGAGGUGCGGCCUCAAGUACCUAGCAAGAAACUUGUUUCAGAGAUACCAACACCUCAGUUUCUUGUUGUGGAUACAUAUGAAAGAGAUUACUCUAGGACUUUUAAUCAGCCUAGUUCUUAUUUACGCGCAAGAGGAGCUCGGGCUGAGCUUGGAGAAUUUGUGGAGUAUGAUCUUGACGAUGAAGAUGAUGACUGGCUUUACGAGUUUGAUAAGGAGCAAAUGAUUCUCUCACCUGAAAUGCUUGAGGGCAUUAUUUUUAAACUAGAGGUAUUGGAUCAUAAGACGAGGGAAAGAGCUGGAUUUAUUACUCCUACCCUUGGUUCACCCGUUCCAGUGCUUUUGCAGCUUGAUGCUGCUAUUGAGGCGUUGCAAUCUUUGCCCAUUAAGUAUGGAGUUUUCCAAGCUAUCUACAGUUACUGGAAAAAUAAGCGUGAAAGAUGGCAGAAGCCUAUUUUGCGACGUUUACAGCCUCCACCACCUGUCAAUGAUACCAAUCCGUACAAUGUGUUUAGGCCAAGGGAGAAAGCUCAUAGACUACAUACAAGAAGGAUGCAGAGGAGAGAAAACAAUGCGCAGUCAUUUGAAAAGCUUAGACAGGUCAGGCAGAAUCUUGACCAAGCGAAGACGAUUCUAGAAGUUCUAAUUAAGAGAGAAGAAAAAAAGAGGGAUUUCAUGGUGAGUGAGGUUAGCCUUCAGAGAAUCCAACUCAAAUACAAGCAUGAAACCGAACUCUUGGAAGAUAGUUUGGCACUGUCUGGGUUUCCACUCUCUACAUCUUAUAAUUUUGGGUCAAGCGAAGAUGAAUUCAUGGACUCCGAUGACCCAACCAACACCCGUGAACACAAAAGACCUUUUAUCACUAAUCCCCGUUUCACAGACUCAAAUCUCUCUCGAGCUCAAGCCGUAAGCAUAAAGCAAGAGGUGAGAAGACACGGCUGGCUCCACAAAAUGAAUCCUAUUGAGCCAGUUAUGCUGUUCACAAAACCGCUGAUCCCCGAUAAACUGGCUGCUACGGGAAUCAUCCCUCCAGUGGAUUCAAGAAGCGGAAGAGCUCGGUUUCAAGGAAGAAUUGGUCGAGGCGGUCGGAUAGUAUUUGAUAGAUGGAAUCCAUUAAAUCAAACCCACAUUAACUGUGGCAACUCUUUCUACAUAGCACCAUAA